AUGGAGGAUUGGGGUAAGACUAGUAAGGGUAUUCCCGUGAAGAGGGUCACACUUCGGCCAAAGUUGAGCGAAAAGCUCUCCAAUGGAACAGAUGCCGAAGCGUGGAACAAGGUGAGGGCAGUCAUUAUUAACUACGGCGCAGCAAUUCAACAACUUUGGGUACCAGGAUACACUGAUACUGGGGGAAGGAAAAAGAAUGGAUUGAGCACGGCUGAUGUUGUUCUUGGCUACCCAGAUAUUGGGAGCUACGAAAAGAACCCGGCUUAUCAUGGUGUCAUUGUUGGUAGAGUUGCCGGUAGGAUAAGCAAUGCCAACUUCACUAUUCCAAUCGAAUUGAAUCCGUCAAUCUCAAUGGUUUACAAGCUACCAAAAAAUCAGCAGAAGAAACAUUGUCUUCAUGGUGGAACCACGGGACUAUCCUUUCGCGUUUGGGAUAUUGUCGAAUUAAAGGAGGAUAGUGUGAAACUCAAGGUGGUUUCCGUCGAUGGUGAGGAUGGCUUCCCUGGAAACUUGACCGUCUAUAUUACUUAUCGUCUUUCAGUAAAUGAAGAAGACCAACGUGUCAGCCUGUCGAUUGAUUAUUUUGCCUCCAUUACAGAUGCCAUUUGUCCAAUAAAUCUCACAAAUCACACUUACUUCAAUCUUGCAGGCCAUCGUGCUGGUCCUGAGGCCCUUGAUCGACAUUCGGUCUGUAUUCAGUCCGAUAAAAUGUGUGAAUGCGACGCAGAACACAUCCCAACUGGCCGCCUAAUCAAGGUUGGGAAAGUUGAUGAAACGGAUCUCACUUCGUUGAAGUGUCUUAAAGAGGGCCUGAGGAAGAUUCAUCCACCACCUCAUGGAUACGAUGAAUUCUAUAUGUUCAGAAACCUACCGGGAGAUGAAGCGAAAGUCACAGUGUGUGAACCCAACUCUUCUCGCAAGUUAGAGCUUUUUACUGACCAAUUGGGAGUUCAAUUUUACACGGGAAACUUCUUGGAUCCAAAGUCUGAUCCUAUUGGAAAAGAUACCUACAGUUAUCCUUCUCAUUCUGGGUUCUGUCUUGAGGCUCAGGGAUUUCCUGAUGCGGUGAAUCGAUCAAAUUUCCCAAAGCAAUUUGUUGCUCCAAUUGAAAUGAACUAUGUCCAGAAAACAAGGUUUGAAUUUACAGUUCAGAAAAACUAA